AUGUGGGAAACCGUCAAACAUAAGAAGCAGAGGAAACAGGAGAGAGACAAACGAGAGAAGGAGGAGAGGGAGAGGGAGGAGAGAGAGAGAGAGAAGAUCGAGUGGGAGAGGCAAGAGAAACUGAGGCAGGACAAGGAGAAGCAGGAAAAAGAGAAGCAGGACAGGGAGAAGCACGAGAAGCAAGUCAAGGCUGCCUUUUAUUCGCUAUCGCAACAGCUUCAGGAUCUCAAGCAAAAGUGCCAAACACUCGAACAAAACAUCCAGACGGUUAGGGGAAAGAACGAGAGCUUCACCGAGGCGAUGAGCGCAGUACGAGAGCAGUGUGCGAUAUUCAACGAAGAGGUGCAGACGUUGAUUGCAGAGCGAUCGGUUAGAAAGGCGCAUGAGAAGACACAAGAAUUGCCCGAUCAGGUGCGAGAAGAUGAGAAAUUCCCUGAGGAGGAGACGCAGGCAGCGAGUGAGGAGGUAUAA